GGGAACAAGCUACUCGCUGCUGAGCCGCUGAGCUCGAGUAAGCGUCAGUGAGGCAUUACGCGUCCCAAACCCAUCAUUCCACUUCUUCAAAUGGAUCUUGGGCCAUCCGUCAACUCCGUUGGAAAAACACCCACGCAAAUAUGGCUCUUGCUCCUGCUCCAACGCGCCUACGCCAGAUUGCACUUGUCGCGAAGGAUAUCGAACGCGCAAAGCAGCAGCUUACAUACGUUCUAGGAACAGAAGUCGUCUUCGAGGAUCCAGCUGUCGAGCAAUGGGGCUUGAAGAACUUCCUCGUACCAAUCGGUGGCGACUUCAUCGAGGUGGUUUCGCCCAUUAAGCCAGGGACGACUGCUGGACGGCUGGUCGAGAAGCGCGGCGACGGCGGAUACAUGAUCAUCAUGCAGACCGAGGACGCGAAGAAGCGGCGAGAAUACAUCGAAGCGAAGGGACUGUCGAAAGUUAUCUUUGAGCAUAGUUACGCGGAUUCAGUGUGUAUUCAGUACCAUCCAAAGGGCAUCAAGGGCGGCAUGAUGCCUGAACUCGAUUCCCACGUACCGGGUCCGAAGAAUCCUAGGCCAGUUCAGUCUCGCUUCUCCCCAUGGCAUGCGUGCGGUUCAGACAUCGACCGCUAUAGGGACGGCAUGGAGCGGACCGAACACCUUACGCUAGAGGGCUGUGUACUGCGCCUGCUGCCCGGCGACCUCGGCCACGAAGCGGCCGCACGGGAGUGGGAAGCGAUAUUUGGCGUCGUGCGCAGCCGCGACCUGUUGGCCUUCACGAACGCCAGGCUGGGUUUCAUACCAGGGAGACAAGGGCAUCCAGAGGGCCUUGUGUCGAUCACGAUCGGCGUCAAGGGCCAGGAUGAAUAUGAUGCCAUACUGGAGAGGGCCCGACAGGCGGGCGUUUGUGGGAACGACGGGAUCGACAUGUGCGGUGUCAAGUGGUACCUUGCCCUGACAGGUCACAGUGCGACUAAGGGGAAGCUAUAGCUCCAUGCAUCAUCACAUCGCACGAAUUCUGGCCAGAACCCGUUUCACGUUGCUGACUGCAUGCAGCGUGCGAUACGCUUUGACACUGCGAUGAGCGUGCCACGUACGAAU